CGUCCGGUCCCCAGGAACGCCAUGGCAGAGCUGAUCCCCCUGGCCGAGGAGCUGUCGUGCUCCAUCUGCCUGGAGCCCUUCAAGGUGCCGGUCACCACUCCGUGCGGCCACAACUUCUGCAGCUCAUGCCUGGACGAGACGUGGGCCGUCCAGGGCCCGCCGUUCCUGUGCCCGCAGUGCCGCGCCGGCUAUCAGACACGGCCGCAGCUGCACAAGAACACGGUGCUCUGCGCGGUGGUGGAGCAGUUCCUGCAGGCCGACUCGGCCUGGGCGACAACCUCGCUCCCCGACGGCUGGACGCCGCCCGCCUGCGCCGCCGAGCCCCGCCCGGCCUGCCAGGUGGCCUGCGACCACUGCCUGAAGGCCCUCGCCGUCAAGACGUGCCUGGUGUGCAUGGCCUCCUUCUGCCAGGAGCACCUGCAGCCGCACCUCGACAGCCCCGCCUUCCAGGACCACCAGCUGCAGCCUCCCGUCAAGGACCUGAUGCGCCGCAAGUGUCCCCAGCACAACCGGCUGCGAGACUUCUUCUGCCCCCAGCAUAAUGAGUGCAUCUGCCACAUCUGCCUGGUGGAGCAUAAGGCCUGCUCGCCUGUCACCCUGAGCCAGGCCAGCGCAGAUCUGGAGACCAAGCUGAAGCAUAAACUGACCAUCAUAUACGGUCAGAUCAAUGGUGCAUCCAGGGCACUGGAGGACGUGAGAGCCAGGCAGCAGGACAUGCGGGAGGCUGCAAACAGGAAGACGGAGCAGCUCAGACAAGACUACAUGGAAAUCAAGGCGCUCCUCGAUGCCGCGGAGGCCACCUCCACCCGAAAGAUAAAGGAAGAGGAGAAGAGGGUCAGUACCAAGUUGGACAACAUUUACCAGAUCCUCCUCAAGAAGAGGAGUGAGAUCCAGAUGCUGAAGGAGGAGGUUGAACUUGCCCUGACCAAGGGGAAUGAGUUUGAGUUUCUGGAGAAAGCAGUAAAACUGCAGGGAGUCUCCGCAAAGCCGGUCUACGUCCCCAAGGUGGAGCUGAAUCAGGAGCUGAUAAAGGGCGUCUGCCAGAGCACCUCAGACCUCAAAAAUGAGCUGAAGCGGUAUGUCCGGCAGCCCCAGGACAAGAAGGCUGAGGAAGCCACCGGCUCAGGGAACCCUGGAGAGCAUGGCGCAGCACCUUCGCACAAACCUGCACACUUUUCCAAGAAAGUCCCAAAAGAAGAAAAGAAACCCAAGAAACCUCCCCCUGCCUCUGCCGCGCCCAGCAGUAUGCCCACCUUCGGAGCCCCGGCGGAACAGUUACCGGACUUAAAGCAAGAGACUGCAUACAAAGCCUCCACCGCGCAGCCGAAUGCAGCGGCCCUCAAGACCAAGGUGCUGGAAACCUUCUUAGCCAAGUCCAGGUCCGAGCUUCUAGAAUAUGCCAUUAAAUUCAGCCUGGACUACAACACGGCCCACAACAAGGUGGCGCUGACGGAGAACUACACCGUAGCUUCCGUGGCCGACUUACCCCUCAGCUACCAGCCACAUCCCAAGAGGUUCACAUACUGCUCCCAGGUGCUGGGCCUGCACUGCUACAAGAAGGGGAUCCACUACUGGGAGGUGGAGCUGCAGAGGAACAACUUCUGCGGGGUGGGCGUCUGCUACGGCAGCAUGCCGCGGCAGGGCCCCGACAGCCGGCUCGGCCGCAACGCCGCCUCCUGGUGCGUGGAGUGGUUCAAUACCAAGAUCUCUGCCUGGCACAACAACGUGGAGAAGACGCUGCCCCCCACCAAGGCCACGCGGGUUGGCGUGCUCCUCAACUGUGACCACGGCUUCGUCAUCUUCUUUGCCGUCACCGACAAGGUCCACCUGAUGUAUAAGUUCAAGGUGGACUUUACGGAAGCCGUGUACCCGGCCUUCUGGGUGUUCUCCGCGGGUGCCACACUCUCCAUCUGCUCCUACAAGUAGGCGGGCCACGGACACUGGCCUCCGGGUGCCCAAGGCACUGGUGGGAGGCCUGCAGGUGGGACUCUCGGAGAGUUUCCUGAGACUCCUCAGGGUUGAGAGUGUU